CAAUGCUGUUUUAUACCUUUUCUAUAUUUUGCUAUUUCAUCUACUCAUCUGCAGAAAUACACAGCGUUACACUGACUGGUUUGAGAUGGUGCAACACAAAUGUUUUUGUUCUUUAAUAUCAAGCAGAUUGCUCUCCCCUUAUUUCUCGUCCCUUUAUUUCUCUUUAGUUUACGUAGCAGAAUUAUUAUCCGACCAUAGGCGUCACUCUUUGUAACACGACGUUUUCCUAUUUGUUUUCAUAUGCUCGUACAGGUGUGGUGAAGUUUAGCCAAGGAUUAUGGCAAUUGUCACUUUUAAGGUGGAGUUAAAGCUGAUCAGGUAACGGAACUAAAUCUCAUGUAGGGUGCGGCCCCUCGAAGCACGGAGAAAUAUUUAUUUUGCAUAAAUAAAGCACACUGUGAAUUUGUAAAAUUCAAACAAAAACACAUUCAGACAUAUGCUGCAAAGGCAGAAAACUCAACCAAAUACAGAACACCCAAGUUACAAAAUAAAACCAGUUCCCUGUAGAAAAAAACUGUUAGUGAUUAUUCUAGGACUGCUGGCUGCAAUUCUGCAACAGUCUCGCAAUUAAACCUGAAUGAAGGCUACAGUGUUGAGGCGUGGGCGUAAUGGAAGCAACAUGCUAUGCAAUAAAAUGAUAAAACAAACCCAAACCACAUCCUCCAAAAGAAUCCCGGGCGCAAUUUAGUACAGAGAGUUGUACGUCUUAAAAGUCUUAAAAACCGAUUUGUGUUUUUCUGAUUUCUUCCAUUUCAUUUUAAACAAAUACAUCCCUCCGGUAUAUUGGACACAAACUUCAUCCACUAUCGAGCAAACACAGGAUGUGCCCGUGGGUGUGCCCUGCUGGCCUUCAAAACCAAUAUUCUGGUCACACAAGCACAUUGACAUUUGAAUGGGAUACAAAAACAACACUGGCUGUUUGGCCAGGGGAUUUAUAAAUCAAGCAGUUGUCAAUCAUUCUUUGCACUAAAGUAUAAAAAUGAUUGUUUUUGAUGCAUGCAGAUCAAAGCUGCUCCCAGCGUGCAAGAGAGCCACAAGCAUGAUGUUUCCACAUGGGGUCUUUAUCUUGUUGGCUGUUCUCGGACAGAUAAGCGGCAAUUUUGGGGCCAACAUUGCUGGAGGCGGAACGGCAACGCAGUCCUCCACGGGGUGGAACGGCCUCCCGGGAAGGGCCAUCGAUGGAGACCGUGCCAGCGUGUGGGGACAGGGAUCCUGCACCCACACAGAGGGCCAGGCGAAACCGUGGUGGAGACUUGACCUGCUGAAGACGUACGACAUCGACACCGUCACCAUCACCAACAGAAAGGACUGCUGCCACGAGAGGAUCAAUGGCGCCGAGAUCCGCAUCGGCAACUCCCUCAGUGACAAUGGCAACAAUAAUCCCAAGUGUGCUGUCAUCUCGUCUCUGGCGGCUGGAGCCUCCCAGACCUUCCAGUGCAAUGGAAUGGAAGGGCGCUACGUGAACGUGGUGAUUCCUGGAAGAACAGAGUACCUGACACUGUGUGAGGUGGAGGUCACUGCGAUAGAGAAAGAGGACUCCACUCAAUACGUCUGUGGUUGAAAUCAUUUCAAAACAACUCCCAAAUCUAUGCGAGUUUCUGCUUUUCUUUCAGUAAAACAUGUGUUUACUAAAAAAAAACUUAUCAUAGCAGAGUUGACCUGAUGUCACUGCUAGUGCUUUAUAAUACCUGGAAUUCUAAUUAACUUGUUGAACUGUUGUUUGAGGUGAUUUUAUAUUACCAUUCAUUAACUCCUGUGUAUAAUUGUUUGUGCACAUUAAAGAAAUAGUUUAACAUUUGGGGAAAUUUACUCUCAAUUAUUGAUGAACCUCUAAUAUUUGUGUUAUAAAUACAAAACCAACUAUCAGCAGCUGGCUAAUAUCACAUAUGACUGUUGGCCCAUUUAUCAGCUCGUGCACAACAACCCGAUCCAAACCAGACAGGCUUGUUGGGCCUUUUUUUCCUGUGUGAGGCUUUAGCCUGGUGCUUAUUAUUUAUAUCGGCCAAGUUAAGUACAUCAUUUUCAAAGCACAAACAUCUAUAUGUGACCAUCUCUUUAAAAUAAAUAAUCAAAGUAUAACCUUGGUCUGCGUCUCAAAUCCACCUGCUCCAGUCUGGUCUGGCCAGGUCUUUGAAAAGCAUCCGUUUCAUCUUCUUCCCAUGACCAUAAAGUGCUUCGAGGCAUGUCUAUCUGCUCCAAUUGAAAAAGGACUGCAUGUGAAUCACAACAUGGAAACAGUUCCAUCAACUGUCGCAAGUCUGGGAAACAUACUGUGCAAAGCAUGACCUGAGCAUGCAGGCCACUCUUCUGUGUCUUGUGGCUGAAGCGCCAUCUAGUGGUGACACCCUGCAAGUGAAUGAAUGGCAUUUUCGGAUGAAGCAAACAAGCCACCUGUACUUUUGUUUUAAUUAGAUCACUGUUGAUUCAAUGCAGGUUGUGCUUGCACUUGGUAUUUGAUAAAUCACAGUAUUGUUGCUGUGUUAAUUUCUUAAGGCUAUGGAAUUGUGAAUGAAUUACCAUGGCUAUAUUUCAUGGUAUUCCUAUGCUGCUUCUUCAUAAUGUCCUAACAGGUAUGAUUGCUCGUUCUGAAUUGCGCGCCGUAGGUGCGUGGAUGUGAAGGGUUGCAUGUCAGCCCUGUGAUCCCAGGGACCCUGUAUGAAGGACAUAACUGCCCAUGAAGAAUAUGCUUCCUCUUUAGUUUA